UAUUGUAUCAAAAUAAUUAUUCCUAGCGAACAUCUACUUAGCCUAUCGCCAUUUUAGAAUAAAAAUUUGUUUUAAGAGCAAUUGACACUCGUUAGCUUCGUUGUUAUUUAUAUUAUUACUUCUUCAAAAUAAAAUUACGUUUUAGGUAACUGAAAAAUGGGCGAAGAUUAUAAUGGAGAUCGAGACCGUCAGGACCGUGAGAAAGAUAGGGAUAGGGAUAGAGAUCGUGAUAGGAGACAUAGAUCUCGUAGUAGAGAUCGUAGAAAACGAUCUCGUUCACGUUCUAAAGAUAGAAGAGAUAGGAAAAGGAGUAGCUCUCCUAAAAAAAGCCGCAGUUCUAGAAGGAGGAAGCCAUCUCUUUAUUGGGAUGUACCACCACCUGGAUUUGAACAUAUUACUCCUUUGCAGUAUAAAGCUAUGCAAGCUGCAGGACAAAUACCGGCAAACAUUGUGGCAGAUACACCACAAGCAGCUGUGCCAGUUGUUGGUAGUACAAUAACUCGCCAAGCAAGGAGACUGUAUGUAGGAAACAUUCCAUUUGGUGUAACUGAAGAAGAAAUGAUGGAGUUCUUUAAUCAACAAAUGCAUCUAUCUGGUCUUGCUCAAGCUGCUGGAAAUCCAGUAUUAGCAUGUCAGAUCAAUUUAGAUAAAAACUUUGCUUUCUUAGAGUUCCGUUCGAUAGAUGAAACAACACAAGCUAUGGCAUUUGAUGGUAUCAACUUCAAAGGACAGAGUUUGAAAAUAAGAAGACCACAUGAUUAUCAACCAAUGCCAGGAAUGACUGAUAAUCCAAGUAUGAACGUGCCAGAUUCUCCUCACAAGAUCUUCAUUGGUGGUUUACCCAAUUACUUGAAUGAGGAACAGGUGAAGGAAUUACUGAUGAGUUUUGGACAACUGAGAGCAUUCAAUUUAGUAAAGGAUUCAGCUACAGGUCUAUCCAAGGGUUAUGCAUUCUGCGAGUACGUUGACGUGUCAAUGACUGAUCAAGCAAUUGCUGGAUUAAAUGGAAUGCAGCUGGGAGACAAGAAACUGAUUGUUCAACGAGCUAGCGUAGGCGCCAAGAACCCUAUGAUUGGUGCACAAGCUCCAGUUCAAAUUCAGGUGCCUGGGUUAUCAAUGGUGGGCACAAGUGGGCCAGCUACUGAGGUUCUUUGCUUGCUAAAUAUGGUAACACCUGAAGAAUUAAUGGAAGAAGAAGAAUAUGAAGAUAUCUUAGAAGACAUCAAGGAAGAGUGUAAUAAAUAUGGUGUAGUCCGAUCUGUGGAAAUACCUAGACCUAUAGAAGGUGUUGAUGUACCUGGAUGUGGGAAAGUAUUUGUCGAAUUUAAUAGUGUGAUUGAUUGUCAGAAAGCACAGCAGACUCUUACAGGACGAAAAUUCAAUAAUCGCGUUGUUGUAACAUCAUAUUUUGAUCCUGAUAAGUAUCACCGCAGAGAAUUUUAAGACCUAGAUUUUCUUUCUUUCAUAUCAAUUCAUAAUUGACUACAGUGUAUAAUAUAUAUAUACACAUAUAUUCAUUAAGUACAUAUAUAAUAUAUAUUAUAUAUAUGUAUUGAAUGAAUAAUCUAAAGAAUCUAAAAAUUAAUGACUCUCUUUUAUCGGAAUGUACAAAACAAAAUGUAAUUGUUUUUUGAUCAUACUGUGCAUUAAAUAGUAAUUGUUGUAAUUUACGUAUCUUUCGAUAACAUAACCAGAUAUAAAUAAUCCAUAAUUUAUGAAAUUACUAGUAAGAAAAGAGAUGCUGUAAAAGGAUACCAUUGUACAAAUAGCGACAUCAUUGUUUACAUCAAUCAGUAGUGAGAUUGAAAUAAUCCAUUGUUAAAUGCAGAAUUAUAUAAAAAUAAAUAAUAAAUUGUCAUACUGCAUACAA